UCGAAACUCAAAAACUCAAAAUCAUGGCGGCAACAAGCGACGAGCAGAUGAAUUUGCUUCUCUCCAGUUUCGAUCAAAUCUACGAGGAUUUUAAAAUCGGGUUGAAUGAGAUCAAUGUUUACAGAUCAAAGAGCAAUGUUGAAUCAAGCAGGAGAGAGGUUCUUGAGAUUAGUAACAAAAAUCUCAAAGAAGAGAAUGAAAGGCUGAAGAAGCUUUACACCGAAUCUCUCAACAAUUUUGCUGAUCAGCUUGAGCAUCGAACUAAGUGUCACAGCUUGAAAGAAGAAUUGAAGAGAGUGAAUGAUGAAAACAAAAGCAAAGAACAUGAACAUAGGAAUGCUUUGGAAUCACUUAGGCAGAAGCAUGUAACAAAAGUUGAAGAGCUAGAGUAUAAAAUCAGAAGCCUUUUGGUUGAAAAAGCAACAAACGAUAUGGUAAUUGAUAGACUUCGACAAGACUUGACAGCUAACAAAUCGCAUAUUCAAGCAAUGUCGAAGAAACUGGAUCGAGUAGUUACGGAAGUGGAGUGCAAGUAUGAACUCGAGAUUCAGGAUCUAAAGGACUGCCUUCUAAUGGAACAAGCAGAGAAAAAUGAUAUCAGUAACAAACUUCAGAGUCUGCAGAAGGAAUUGCUUAUUAGUAGAACGUCAAUAGCUGAAAAGCAGAGGGAUACAACUUCAAAUCGACAGGUCGAGACAUUGAAACAGAAGCUAAUGAAACUGAGAAAAGAGAAUGAGAUCCUUAAACGGAAAUUAUCUUCUUCAUAGAACAGCCAGAAACCAGGCUUUGCUUGCAAAAAUCACUUACCGCUCUGUCUCCCAACAAGUAAGUUCCAUGUGAACCCAAAGCAUUUUCUUCAGAAUAUUUUCGUAGAUGAUACAGUUGAAAACAUACAUCAAAACCUAUAGUUCUCACAUACAUGAAACUGAAAAGAAACCCUCAUAUAUUGCUGGUAGAAAAACCUUGAAAAGGCGAAGUUCUUGUCGAAUGAGUUUUAGAAACU